AAAUGCCUCAAGCUCUGUUUUUCCCCCUUUUCCCCGAAAUUAAAAUAACAUAAAAAAAAUUCAAGCAGAUUCAUAGAAGCUGAAUUAAACCCAUCUGAAGAAGUUUGUUUCUUGGUUUGCUGAAAAUGACAUCCGUUGAGGGACAUACGGCUGAGCCUUGGAAAACAAGUAAUCCAACUGCUGACACUGCAAAGGUACAGAGUGCAUCAUCGUCAUCAUUCCGAAGGUGGGGUAGGAAUUAUCCAUUUAUCAGAUAUGGGCUUCCAAUGAUUUCAUUGACCGUGUUUGGGGCAGUCAGUCUUGGUCAUCUCUUGCAAGGCAGCAAGGAUAUUGCAAAGGUGAAAGAUGAUCAAGAAUGGGAAAUCAUCAAGACGAAGAAAGCAUUAUCGAGAACAGGACCCAUCGAUGCAUAUAAGCUGAAAAAGAUUUCAUUGGAGGAAGAAUUAAAGGCUUUGCAACAGAAGGUUGAUAUAAACAACUAUGACUACAAAGAAUUCCAAAGCCAAAUGAAGGCGACUCAGGCUAGCAUUUUGUGCUCUCAAUCCAAAAGGUUUCUUUCAUAGUUGCUACAAACAUUAGGAUUUUGGUUUUUAUUUCUUUUCAGCUGCAUCUCGAUAAAUAUUCGAGUUUAAUGC